CUGCGCUGCAGUUCUGAAAACAUGGCUGUGCAGUUCAGCGAGCAGGAGUUUGAGGAGGCGUGGAGGGAACUGGAUGCGCCGGAGACCAGCGGGCAGUGGGAGCUGUUUACAGAGAGCAUGGGGGUUCAGAUAUACCGGCGCUUUGUGAAGGAAAGCGGACUCUAUGAAUACAAAGUAUUUGGCUCCUUGUCCACCUGCUCUCCAGACCUCUGUGCAGAUAUGUAUAUGGAUCUGGCCUACCGAAAGCAAUGGGAUAGUUAUGUUAAAGAGCUGCAUGAGAAAGACUACAGUGGCCAGAAGGCAAUUUACUGGGAAGUGAAAUAUCCCUUUCCCUUGUCUAACAGGGACUAUGUGUAUGUGCGGGAGCGCAAGGAUCUGGAGGUGAAUGGAAGGAAAAUCUGGGUGGUUUUAGCCAAAAGCUUAGCUGUUUCUCAAUGUCCAGAGAAAGCUGGGGUAAUCAGAGUGAAGGACUACAAACAGAGCCUUGCCCUGGAGAGUGAUGGCGCUAACGGCACUAAAGUCUUUAUGAACUACUUUGACAAUCCUGGUGGUAAGAUCCCACCCUGGCUCGUAAACUGGGCAGCUAAGAGUGGAGUUCCUGCCUUCCUCACAGACAUGCAGAAAGCCUGCAACAACUAUGUCAAAUACUGCAAGAACAAGAAAUGAUAUGUAGUUCAAAACACCCUUCAUCCAUCUCUGGAAACAAAAAUUGAGAUCACUUUAAAAUAAUCAGUUUCUUUGAGCUUACUAUGGAUAUGUUUAUAUUCAAUUAGGAACAACAUUACUAAUCUUAUUAGAUUUCAGAAAUUAAUAUUUGUUGGAAUAACCUUUUUGUGUCUUGGCAUGCUCUCCACCAGUCUUUCACACUGCUUUUGGGUAAUCUUAUGCAACUCCUCAUCAAAUUAAAUCAAAUGUAUUUGUAUAGAGCUUUUUACAACUGAUGUCACAAAGCAGCUUUACAGAAACAUGAUCACAGGACAAAGAAUCAGACAAAACAUUAAACAUAGAAAAUACAGAAUACAGAACCCCCAGUGGGCGCGGAGACAAAGAAAAACUCCCUCAGAGCUGCAGGAGGAGGAAGAAACCUUGGGAGGACCAAGACUCACAUAUAAGGGGGGACCAUCCUACCACUGGUCAAACGGCUUUUUAAUUAAUUUUAAUAAGUCUUUAUACAUCCACAUAGGUUUUAUUCAUUCAGGAGUAUAGCAGCACCACUAAUGAAAGCAGUUAGAGUUCAUGUAAGCUUGGAUGUAACCUGUAUUGGAGAGUAAGAUGAAUGAUGAGCUGCUGAUCUGCGGUGGGUGAUGGAGAAGAGCUGACUUCAGAAACUCAGUCUGGCCGGACAGGAGACGCCAGAGCCUGAGGGUCCAACAUCCAUCGGUAUCGGGUCAGACAGGUGGGCAUUCAGUAACUCGGAGGAAGGCAGAGAGAUGGAAUUAGUUUUGACUGGAUUUAUGUAAAACAGAGAAUAUAAGAUAUUAUCAGAGUGUGGCUAAUGACUCCGGCAGAACUGAAUAAAACAGCCUAACUAAAGGCAGAGAGCAAGAAGGUAACAUAGACACGGAGGCUCCCUGAAACACUGGCAUCCACCCACUCCACCGUCCACAAACCUGAGUGACCGUGUGCAGUGGGAGAACAACAGCACCAGCAUUCAGUUUACCAGAAUUCUCUCUGUCCAUGAACCCCUGGAUCUGCAGCCUUAUCUAAAGGGAAAAACAUUAAUUACCAAAAGCUAAACUAAACAAGUAAGUUUUCAGUCUAGACUUAAAGAUUCCCGAACAUAUUCGGGGAGAUUAUUCCAGAGUUGAGGCGCUUUAUAAGAGAAAGCUCUUCCUCCUGCAGAGCUCCUCUGAAUUUUAGGAACUACUAAUAAACCAGCACCCUGAGACCUAAGUAAUCGCGGUGGUUCAUAACAGGAGAUGAGGUCUUGUAAAUACUCAGGUGCGAGCCCGUGUAGGGCUUUAUACGUUAACACUCCUGUUGCAAAAAUUCAAGCAGUUAUGUUUGAUUGCUUGUGGUCAUUAUCUUCCUCUUAUUAAAGUUCAGAGGUUUUCAAUGGGAUUUAUUUCUUGAGGUUGUGCUGGCCAUGAGACUUGAUCUGAGUUCUGAUCUGGUGGUCCUUCAUCCACACCUUGAUUGAACUAGCUGAAAAAAAAAAACAAUUCUCGAAAUUGGGGUACAUUGCCAGAGCAGAAAGAAGCAUGUUUUCUACCAAGAUAACCUUGUUUAUGGCUUGAUUAAUGCAUCAUUUACAAAGACGAAUCUGCCCGAUUCCAGCCUUGCUAAAGCAAUCCUAGAUCCCCAUUCCUUCUCCAAGUUUCACAGUGGGUCUCCAUCAGUGCCUCUCCAGGUCUCCAUCUAUUCAUUGGAUGACUAGGUUUUGAGCAAAACUGAAAAUUGGACUCAUCAGAAAAUCUUACUUCAGUCCUCUAUGGUCCAAUCUGUAUGGUCUUUUAAGAACUUUAGCCUGGCUCUUCUUUGUAUCUACAGGAAUUGGACAAUGAAACUGAAACACAUGGUUUUGUACCACAAUAAUUUAUUGUCCAAACAGACAGUUUUGGUGGAAACAGGAGAGUUGAGGUGCACAUUGAAUUCUGCCGUGAUUUGAUCAGCCGUGGUUUUAUGUUUUUUGGAUACAAUCCGGGUUAGCACCCGAACAUCCCUUUCAGACAGCUUCCUCUUGUGUCCACAGUUAAUCCUGUUGGAUGUGGUUCGUCUUUCUUGGUGGUAUGCUGACAUUACCCUGGAUACCGUGGCUCUUGAUACAUCACAAAGACUUGCUGUCUUGGUCACAGAUGAGCCAGCAAGACGUGCACCAACAAUUUGUUCUCUUUUGAACUCAUAUGCUAUGUCACCCAUAAUGUUGUGUUGCGAUAUUUUGAGCAAAACUGUGCUCUUACUCUACUAAUUGAACCUUCACACUCUGCUUUUACUGGUGCAAUGUGCAAUUAAUGAAGAUUGGAGACCAGGCUGCUCCAAUUUAGCCAUGAAACCUCCCACACUAAAAUGACAGGUGUUUCAGUUUCAUUGUCCAACUUUCACUGUAGCUUUACAUGAUUUGAGGCCUGACCCCUGUAGAAGCCCGUAUCCAACUGUUCUUUCCAUAAACUUCAUCCCAGCUGCCAUUUGCCAUUCUUUUUGUAGGUCACUUAAUAUCACCCUGCGGGUGCUGACUGACAUUCAAACCUGAAACCUAUUGAAAACCAAUUGAAAACAAUUUAAAUGUUUGGGCCAGGACUGGCGUAUGGUCACUCAAAAGCAGUGAUGGUGGAGAGCAUGCCACAGUGUAUUAAAGCUGUGAAAAUCAGGGUUAUUCAACCAAUUAUUAAUGCAUGAACUCUAUAUGAACAUAGUAUUGUUUCUAAAUCAAUAUGACAUUGUUUGAGGUCCCAAAUCACUGCAUUUUUUUGUUUUUGAGGAUUGUUCGAAAAGAAAUGCUUUAAAUUAAAAUAUUUUCAUUUGGGAACAAAGGACAAACUCUAAAAGCACUACUAGAUUUAGAUGUGUGUUUUUUUCCAACAGGUGCUGUUUUGAAGCUGGGUCAAAGGCCCUCAAAAUACAGUGCUUCUGUAAUCCAUCCUUUUCAAGGUUGGCUGCUCAUCUCAGUUAUCUCAGUUUCUGUAGCCUGUCUGCAAGCUCCAACCACGUCUGACAUUACUGUAUCUGUAUCUCAGAAUCACGAGGAUACUCCUUCCCCCGUUCUGAUGGUUGAUGUGAACAUUACCUGAAACUGCUAACUCAGCACAAUUUCUUUAACGUGAUUGGCUAAUUUAGAUAGUUGUAUGAAUUAGAAAAGAACUGUAACAAGGAUUUUGACUGAUUGAUCUGUCUGUUAUAAGAACACUUGUUUAUGUGAACUGCUAUAUAUUGUUUUAUCUUUACAGACAUGUCUAAAGGUGCUGAUUUCCUACAGUUUACACAUGUGGAGAAUGGGAGUGGCUAAUAUGCAGGAACAGAAAGCUGAUUAAGUGAGUUGGUUAAGGAGGGUUUGCUACCGUAUUUUUAGAAAAAGUAAAGGUGCUACAAAAGGUUCUUUGAGUGAUAUUAUAAGUCGUUAGACUUUCAAAAGGUUCUUCACUCACAUGUCAUUUACAAAAAUGGUUCUUUAUGUAACCAUAUGUUCUUCUGUUGUGUUGCUCAAAGAAGCCUUAGUAGCACAAUUUAUUUUAAAGUACAUACUUAUUUGUACUAGCUAACAUUUUUAUCAGCUGGUUGCUCAACUCCAAUUAGUUAUUUCCUGGUUCAGACUUUUUGCAGUAGCUGCAUUAUCUGUAGCUUGAUAAGGCUGGUUUUAGCACAUAGCUGUUGAUCUAUUGUAUACAGAAGCUGUCUGAAAGCUGUCUUUACACUCCAUGCUGAAACUUUAAACGUCUUUUUUCUGAGGUAUUUUUAUUACAGUUCCUUGGUUUUGUGCAAAUGUCUUGAUGCAAUGCAUUUCCAUAAUCAUGUUUGCACUGAAAUUAGCCUGAAUGAAUGUGUUCACUUUAUUUUAUAUGUACUGGUAUUGUUAAAAACUUUUUCCAUUCUUCUGAAAAUAGUAUUCAGAAUAUGUUGCGAUGAAAUUGCUUGCUAUGCAAAUGAAAUGUAGUGUACAUAUGUCUAUUUGAUUCAGUAAUAGACAAGUAACUUUUUUGUGCAUGGGUGACAAUAAAUGUUAGAAUAUAUAAUGUUUUAUGCAGAACUGAAUGCAAUUAAUAGAUAAGAAUUUUUUCUUGGUUUAUGACCAUGUUUAACACACUCAUUUUUGCAUGGUUGUUGGCAAAACAACAAUCAUUAUUUAUUCUUUUUGUUCUGCUUAAUUUGGAUUUACAGAGCUUUUUGACACCUAAAUCAUCUCUUACUGAAAGACAUGAUGGGUGUCAGUUAGAUUUUUAAAUGUUGACCUUCAGUAAUGUCUCAAUGGUUUUACACUCUAGUCCUCUUUAAUGAAGCUUUUGCUUUCAGUUGUGUUGUUUGGUAUCUGACUGCUCCCUCACUGCCUCUCUGUAUAUCUGUAAUACAGCUCUUAAUCUGCUGUAAUGUGUCUUUUUUCCUGUCAUUUUUUUCUUUAUUUCUUAUUGCUCAGACAUGCCUGGGCUGCUGUUUUUCUGAUGAUCAUUUUUCAUUCCACUGUAAUAAAUAUUUAUUGCAUA